AUGAGUUCCGACCAAGUGAAAGUCGCAGCAGCUAGUGUAGUUUAUUUAUUAAGCAAAAAAAGAAAGAAGCAAAAACGAAAAUGUUGGGUGCGCGACUGGAUACAGAGAAGAGGAGAAUUGGGAUGUUAUCAACAGUUAAUGAAUGAAUUGAAGAAUGAAGACCAAAAUACAUAUAAAAACUUUUUGCGCAUGUCGCAUGCUGAUUUUAAUGUGCUCCUUCAAAAAGUGCGUCUUUUAUUACAAAAACAAAAUACUAACAUGCGGGAAUCAAUUUCUGCUGGUGAACGAUUGGCAGUAAGUUUAAGAUUUUUAGCUACAGGCGACAGCUAUAAUUCACUGAUGUACGUAUUUCGUAUACCUGCGACGACAAUCGCCAAAAUAAUACCCGAAGUGUGUGAAGCCAUUUACACAGUUUUAAAGGAUGAAUAUUUAAAGAUGCCAAACACUGAGGAGGAAUGGGUACAACAUGCAAAUGAGUUUAAAAAGAAAUGGAAUUUCCCGAAUUGUGUUGGAGCUAUAGACGGGAAACAUGUCCGAAUAUUUGCCCCUCCAAACUCUGGAAGUUCGCAUUAUAAUUAUAAAGGAAGCCAUAGUAUUGUACUUAUGGCAGUAGCGGAUGCCAAUUAUAGAAUAAUUUACUGCGAUGUGGGAUGCAAAGGGCGUAUAUCUGACGGUGGAGUUUUUAAUAGAUGUUCAUUAUCAAACGCAUUAGAACGGAAUGCAAUCAACAUUCCACCUGCUAACCCAUUGGUAGAAAAUGGACCACCCGUACCGUACGUAAUCGUGGCAGAUGAUGCAUUCGCAUUGAAAUCGUACAUGAUGAAACCAUACUCGGGGUAUGAUUUGAGCGGUCCCCAACGGGUUUACAACUACCGAUUAUCAAGAGCUAGGCGUAUAAUAGAAAAUGUGUUUGGAAUAAUGUCAACUCGAUUCCGAAUAUUAUUAACAUCAAUAAAUUUAGACGAAAAGAAAACCACGAAGAUUGUUCUUGCAAUCUCGAAUGACUUUGAUCGCGAAACAGCUAGCGGUGAUUUAGUUUUAGGUCGAUGGCGAAACGAAGAAAAUAAUGAGAUGUUGCCACUCAAUAGAGAUCGACCCACAAAUCCAGUAUCAAAUGCAAAAAAUGUUCGACACAUUUUAACGGACUAUUUUGUUUAUCUUGGUCAUGCGGCUGCGUCUGCUGUUGCUGCUGUUGUUGCGCCUGCGGCAGAGGCUGCUGUUGCGGCUGCGGCUGCGGCUGCUGUUGCUGCUGCUGCUGCUGGUGCAGGAUAA